GAGAAAGGUGCCUGGACUUCUUGUGGAUCCCUGAGAAGUUGUCACGGAUCUACCUAAAGGCACCUUAAGCCAAGGUCCAGAGAGGGAUUGGUCACUGCCCAAGGUCACAAAGCUAGCUAGCAGCAUACCACGCUUCCUAGCUGUGUGCUCUUUGCAAAAUCUUAACUUCUCUGGUUCUUAGUUUCUCAUGGAAGCAAUAGUCUUGACUUCUCUGGGUUAAUGAGAGAACUUAAAGCAAUGCUCGGUGUAAAAUAGAGGCGCAACAAACUGUAGAGUCCUCUGCUCUCCCCUAACCCAAUCCAUUGUCAUAUGCUAUACAGUCAGGCUGGAAGAAUGUGAAGAGGUGUAGAACUUGAAAACGGAGAGGGCGGGAGGGGCCUGAUGAGGCCCUCACCAGAAGAUGAGGCGCUGCUGCAGUGAGGGUCAGCCUGAACUUGUCGGCCCUGAGGACCAGGCUGGGGUUGCUAGGCACACAAGGAUGAAAGCCGGAGGAGGUGGCCUGUUGCUAGGGAAGGAGGGAGGAGGUGGGGGAGCCGCUGACACCCGCAGAGCCAGGGAUGUCCCCAUGGCAACGGGAGCCGCUGCAGUUGGAGGACAAGUGGGAGGAGGAGCCUCCCACUCUGGGCCCCAGUGCCCCCAUCUGUCCUGCGGGAGUUUGGAUUAGAUAAUCUCUUGACCUCUUAGCAGUCUGAGAUGGCCAAGACCUGAUGAACCAUCUGUGGCUCCCUCAUCCACAUGUCCAAGUCACUACCCGUCCCCAGAGCCAUCCAGCCGCAUCACCUCCCAUGUUGCCUCCCAUUCGGCUCAGCCCAGUGGCCCACCCUGCCCUGUUCCUACCACUUCCUUUGCCUGGAACCUUGCCACUUACUGCUUCCCAGUCUGGGGUUGCUGCAGACACAGAUGAGCCAGCUCCGGCCAGCCCAAAUGGGAGCAUGAUGAUGGGGUGGACAGCCAGUUUGUAAGGACAGAAGUCUAGAAGAGUCAGAGCUGGAUUCUGACAGUGGGACAGAGGAGGAGGUACCUUUCCAGGAAGCAAAAGAAGGGCAAGAAGGGAUAAGAGGUUUCUCUUCUCUUCCCCUUCCUCUCUGUGUUCUGCCUCUGCCUGGCCCAGCCCCAGGAAGUGGGUGACCCCUAAGCCGGCUGAGUGCCUGGUUGGCACCGAAAUAAACUUACCUUCUCUCUCUUCCCCUCCCCUUGCCUCUGUCCCCUCUGUCCUGGCUUUAAUUAGCAGUCCUGGGGAUGAGUCACUUGGCAGCUAGGGUGGGAGGCUGUACAGAGCCCAAUGAAGCUGUGACUCCUGCCCUGAGCCUUACGGGCAGCACCUCUAUGUGCAUGCAUGUGGGUGCACUGCUGCAUGUCAGGGGCUCCGUGGCAGUGUGGCUGUAAAGAGCACAGUGCAACACUGCAUGCUGGCGCGUGGCCCUGCAUGUCGGGGGUCUGCAGACAACCAUAUCUGGUUGCUGCUGCGUUUGUUUCUGUGUGCCACUGAAUGUCAGCGUGUGUGAGCGUGUGGCUGGAGUGUGUGGCUGUGGUUGCAAGUAUCAGGGAACAAGGGAGCUUCUUGGUGAACACACACAAAUGCUGGAUAAUUGCAUUCGCCCCUCUCUACCUAAGCAUUCUUUAUGUGAUUUUGCUUACACAACCCUGCCCUUAUAUUCCAAAUUUUCACUUGUCUUAGUCUGGGUACACUUUGUGGCGAGGAACAGAAACCCACUCAAGUUAGCUCAAAAAUAAAGGGCUGGUGGGGGGACUAUUGUGAGGCUACACCUCACAGAAUCUAAGAACAGUGAAAAAAGUACAACCAAGCCUCACACCAACUGGAAGUGGGACCAGGAAGUCGAGAACCAAGGUUGCUGCCUCGCUCUCUGCAUCUCCUGGGCCCACGUCUCAUCUUUCUCCAUCUCUCAUGGCUUGCCUGGCCCCUAUCAUCUUUUUCAUGGACUCCUCUCUCUGGAUCGGCUUCCUCUGCUUGCUAUAUGACCUUUUCCAGCUUCAGGAUCCGCCCGCCCCCACCAUCGGACUGCAAUGAUCCUCCAGUCUGUGGUAACACAAGGCAGCAAGGGGCCGUGUGAGAUAAUUGAUUCCCUGAGAACUGGAUGAGAGGAGAGAAAACACUUAGUACUUCGUGUUUCUUUUGCGAUAAAUACAGGUUUUAUGUGUACCCAAGUGAGGUCAGAGCCUGGUCGGCUCAGAGGCAAACACUUGCAAGAUUGGUUUUGGUUCCAAUUUUAUAGCAAGAUGACCUUUUCUCAUCGUGCUUUCAAGUUCCAUAUUCUUGCGUCAAAACAUGCUGUUUUGUCUAAAAGUGCCUUCUUAUUUUAUGCCGAGAAGGCUUUUAAAUGUAGUGAGUAUUACCGUUGCUACCAGCUUGUGGUAAUUUUUCAUAGCCUCAGAACAACUGGCAUAAUGCUACUGAUGGUACAGCUGCUACCCAGCUCUUGGUGGCCUCAGGAAGUUUGAUAUUUCGUGAGUUCGGUGACUGAAUUUAUAGUUUUCUCCAGUAUAUAAUUACAAGUACACAUUAUCAAUGUUAUCAGCUUGACGCUGGAGCUUACUUUUCCAUUAAUACAAACGCUGCAGGUUUUACAUUAAUUACAGAGGGAAUUAAUGACCCCUUAGACAAGUUUUCACCUAUGAAUAAAGAGUUUGGAACCAGCUGUGCCAGUAAUGACUGUUCUCCAGACACGGGGGUGAUGCCCACAGCUCUGGCCUUGGUCCUGACGUCGCAUCCUCUGGCCGAGAAUAGGGCUUCCCACCACCUCCUCAGAGGCCUCCUGAUUCCAGCCUGGCACACAGUAGGUGCUGUUAUUUUUGAUAAAAUUGAUAGUUUUAUUAUUGCUAUUAAAGCUACCUCCCAUAUAUAAAUGGUAAACCUAGGUGGGAGAGAUUAUCCCAGGUUCUGGGCAGUCUCCAACUCCUCCUCCUGCCCUUUUCUCACUGUUCCAAAUAGUAAUAAUUACUUCGAUUCAGAAAAUGUCUGCUAAAUAUCAGGUAGUAUUACACAGCACUGGACACACAUUAUCUUUAAUCCUCGUGGCCACCCUGCCAAGUAGGGUGACUUACAGGUGGGGAAACUAAAACCUAGAGAGGUAAAGUGACCUGCCCCAAGUUGUCCAUCCAUCCAUCCAUUCAUUUAUUCCUUCAUUCAAGGAUUUACUGGGUGCCUACAAUGUGCCAGAUGCUGCUAAAUGUGGCUGACAGGGUGGUGAGUAACAGCCCUGCUGUGAUGAAGCCCACUGUCUGGUCAGGAAAUAGACAAGGAGACAGACAAUUAGAGACAAUUAUAGGGGAAGUGCAGGGUGCUGUGGGAGCACCACGGAAAUAUACCCAACCCAGCCUGAGGGCCAGGGAGGCUUCUCCAAGCCGACAUCUAAGAGGAAGCUUGGAGCGUGAGUAGAAGUUAGCCAGGUGAGGGGUUGGGUGGGGCAAGAUGAAGUGGAGAGUGUUACAGGCCAGAACUGCACAUUUUGGCACCCACAUUUGUGAAGGACUAAAGGAGUAUCUGCAGUGAUAUGGCGAUGUCGUGAGAAAUGGUCUGGUCUGGAAAGGGAACAGAAGGUUUAUUGGGAGGCUGGAGCUGCUGCCCUGGUUGCUUAGAUCCAGAGCUGAGGAGCUGCAGGAUCCAGCAAGUUUCCAUUCGACAAUUGCGGGCCUGGGGGCCCCCUGGGUUGGCCUGGCCAACAUCAGGCUGGGAUUCCAGUGGCCACAGUGCCCCCUAGUGUCCACCAGCCCACCUUGCAGCCUCCACCUCUUCAUUGUCUCCCACGUGUGGGACCAGGUGCCCUGCGCUGAGUGCUGGGGACACUGGAAUGAACAAAACAGAGCUCUCACAGAGCUCCCAGCAAAGAGGGGGCAGCAGACAUCUGAACACAGUGUUAAGAGAAGCCGGCUGAGAAAUGAGCAGGGCGGAAGGACACAAGGGAGGUGACCCAUCUUGCUUGGGUGGGGUCAAGGCAGGUUCCCAGAGGGCACAACACGUAGCUGACUUUUGAAGAACAAGGGGGAGCCAGCCAGGUGGGGAGAUGACAGUGGGGGCACAGCGGGACAACAGAGGUACUAUUACAGGGCAUUUGACACACAGUCUCUUUAAUAAGGCUUGGAGCAGUAGAGUGGAGCCAAGAGUUGCAGGUGCUUCAGUCUGGGUAGGGUGCAGGUUGAAGGCAAGGGGAAGGCUGAGACUAGCUGGAGGUGUGGGGUACAGGCUAGCUCACAGAAGGUUCUAGGAUGCUGCCACUAGCUCAUCAUGGGCACUUAGUGAAUGGAAUCAUAUAAGAAGCUUCCCUACCCUUUGGGAUCACAGACCCAUCUGAGGAUCUGGCCAAAGCUAGAGAUGCUCUCCCCAGAAAUUAAUACUCUUCAUACAACUUUGGGGACUUCCAAGACACUCCUCGCUCCACAUGCAUGUCCACAAACCACAGGCUCCCAAACCGCUCUUCCUAUAGGUACGGAAACCCGCACGGAGGCCUCCAAGGCUCUGCAUGCUGGGCCACCACCUCCAUCUCCAGUCUUGCCUUUCUCCCCUGCACUUUUCCCGCCCUGCCACACUGGCCUCUUCAUGCUUGCUGGAAAUAGCACUUCAGGUCCUUUGUCCAGGUUGCUUCCUUUGCCUGGAAUGCUCUCCUCCUGCCAUCUCUACCUUUUGCUCAGUUGAACUGCAUCGGUUUGUGAAUGUCUGUCUCCUAUCACUUGGAUAUAAGCUCCAUGAGAGCAGGACAUGUCUACCCUUAGUCCCUGCUGUAUCCAGCCCCGGGCACAGUGCCUGGGCCACAGUAUCUGUCAACCAAGCACAUGAAGGCCCUGCCAGUGCCCCGUGGCUGGGUCAGGCUCCUCACCCUUCAUUCCUUCCUCCCUUCAACUGCUGAUGGAUCAUCAUGAGUUGGCUCAGCAUGCUCAGCUAUGACUGAAUUCCAAAAGUGGCCCCAGGUUCAGGGAUAUUUUCUUAGAAGUCUUCCUCAGUAUCCCUGAAACAAACAGGAUUCCCAUGGGUCCUCUGCCUCUCUGGGAGAAGGGUCAGACUCUCUCCAGCUCAAGCUGAGACUCUUCACCACAUGCACACUCUGUCUACCAAAUCCCUACAAGAACGGUGAGGUAGGAAUUGACACCCCUUUUCUAUAGAUGAGCAAACUAAGCCUCAGAGGGCUUACCCAGCUAAAAAGUGAUAGGGUGGGGACUUGUACCUAGCUUUAUCAGGCACCAAAGUGUAGGUUUUUUUGCUUCACCAGAGAGGGAAAGGGGCUUACCCAAGGUCACACGGCAUCAUCCCUUAAAGCUACCACUACACGUUUUUUUGUUUUGGACAGGGUCUUGCUGUGUUACCCAGGCUGCAGUAUAGAAGCGUGAUCUCAGCUCACAGCAACCUCCGCCUCUAGGGCUCAAGUGAUCUCCCACUUCAGCUUCCCUAGUAGCUGGGACUACAGGUGUGCACCACCACGCCUGGCUAAUUUUUGUAUUUUAAGUAGAGACAGGGUUUUGCCAUGUCGCCCAGGCUGGUAUCAAACUCCUGAGCUCAGGUGAUCUGCCCACCCUGGCCUCCCAAAGUGCUGGGAUUACAGGCGUGAACCCCUGCACCCAGCCCAGCACUGCACUUAAUGUCUAUUGGCUCCUGCCAGGUCAAGAGGGUUCAGCUCUUAGGGCGAUAACUACAAAUGGCUAGUUACAAGGUGAAGCUGCUGCAGGAGCUAGGAGAGUUGCUUAAGGAAAGUUUUGUUUUUUUUUUUUAAGGCAGGAGCUAAGGGCAGAGCCCUGAGGACCAGGGCUUUGAGGGGUGGGCAGAGGGAGAGGAGGCCACCAAGGACCCACAGAUGCCAACCUUGCGGUGGUCCGGAGGGCCUCUCUCUCUCAGUAGCUUUGGCUUUCUUGAGAGGAACCAGCUGCCCCAGCAGGGAGGCAGGAAGGCUGGCCUGUUGCCUGUCAGCUUCUAUUUCUUCUAGAUCACUGGCCCCCUGGCCCCUCCCAGGGCCGCCUUCUGCUCAGAACAGCCAGGGGCCUGGGCUCUGGAGCCAUGAAAGGACGGGAGCACUUCAAGUUGGACCUGUGGUACUCUUCAGGAGCCCCACAUCCUUCAGAGCUGAAAAACUCUCUCCUUUCCCCAGUCGCGCCCAUGUGGAGGACAGAGAGGUUGCUGUCAUAGGCAGGCAGGGAACCAGGGCACCUGGAGUCUACUCUGACUUGCUGCGUGAACUUUAGUAAGACUCUUCUCCUCUCCAGGCCUCAAUUCCCCCAUCUGUAAAGUCAGGCUGGGCAGUUUCCUUGGAGGAACAGCCUCUUGGCAUUUCUUUUGAUUUCUCCUCUUCUCUUCAGGAAGCAUUUCUCUCAGCUAGUCUAGAAAACAAGACAGACGAGUGAGAACUGACUGCAGUGGGAAAAAGAAUAUUGGCCAGGGCCCCAUCUUGAGAUCUCAAAAUGGGUGAUUUGAAUUUUCCUUGAUAUGGAGAGUCCCAGAACAACUCUUAGACAUAAUCUCUUUAACUGUGCUGGAAAUGAGUGUAUUAGUGAAAAGCUUCUAUGAAAAGGUUUCUGUAUUCACAAGGUAGCGAUAUGGCUGAGGGCACAGAUUCCAGGUUUGGGAAUAGCCAAACCGGGUCUUGAUCUUGGGGUUCUGCCACGGACUAGCGGUAUUACUUGACCUCUCUCCGUCGCAAUGUUCUGUUCAGGAGAACAGAGCCACACACUUGAUGGAGUGCUUGGGGAGAUUCUAGCAGAGGUGCACCGAGGGAGCCCAGCCUGGGGUUUGGCCCAGAGGAGGAGGCUGCUUCCUCCUCCUAGGAGUUCCCAGCCCUCCAGGAGGAGUAGGGGAAGGAGCAAAGUUUCCAGUUGCAAUCUGGCCCGCAGCCCAGCUGGCCUGGCCCCGCCUUCUUGGUUCCUCCUUCUAGGGAAGGGCUGGGGAGGAGGGGGUGGUGACACAGUGGAGACACCGGCUAGGCCAGGGGGCCUGCCCUUGGGACAGGUCCAGACCCAUGGAGCCCCCCAGGAGGAGCAACAGGUCCACAGCGUCUCAUACUCUACACCAGUAUUGCUGUCCUACUCAGGUCCUUGACUCCAUGAAGCUUACCCCCUCAGGCAGGCUGGCAGAGAGCAGGGAAGAGGAGGAGGAGGAGGAGGAGGAGGAGACUGAGGAAGAGGAAGAGGAAGACGCUCACCAGUUCUGCUGUCCGGCCUCCGAGUGCAGUAGUCCCUCCUCUCGGUAACUGAGAGGACAAGGGCCAUUUUCUAUGCAGAAGCAAAAGCCUUAACCAGCCCCUCCUUCACCCUGCCCACCCCCCGCAGAUCCCCCAUGGGACCCUGUCCCCUGCUUCAGGAACCAGAUGGGCAAGCAUUGUACCCCUUCCUCCCCCAAUCUCCUUCUUGGAAUUCCCAUCCCCACUGCUGUCUCCUCUGGACUCCAGCCCCUGAAUUAAAGAGAGCUGGAGCCCUAGGUCUGACUAAAAUGUGGGAGAAGCAGAGCUUGGAGCUUGGAACCUAGACACUCCUGUACCCACACUCCCACUUCCCAGGCACCCUGGAGCCUGCCACUCCUGGAGAGGUCUCCAAAUGACAUCCCAAGGACCUACCUCUGUCCUCUGUGAGCACAAACAGAGAUGCAGGGUGCCUAGGGCUCAGAGGACCAGACGGGGGCAGGACCCAGCCUGCCUAGUUCCCUGUCGUUUGUUCCCUUGCUGUGGCCAUUGCUGCCAUCUCCUCCACUGCUUGAAGGCCUCACCCCAUGCCCUCCACCACUCCCAUAGUGCUCUGUAAAUAUGAUCAGGAGGAAAAGGCCUCUUAGAGUGCGUGUUGCUAUGUACCAAGGAAUUUCCAUCAAUAAAAGCUGAUCUCUUC